AUGAUUGAAGACUGCGGGUGGAGCGAGGACAACAUGGCAGACAGACGGCAACUGCUUGUCGAGAUGAGGGCUCAAGAUUUGGACUCCAUUCGAUUGUCAACAUACAGGACGGCCUGCAAACUCAGAUUUGUGCAAAAGAAAUGCAAUUUGCAUUUGAUCGACAUCUGGAACAUCAUUGAGGCUUUCCGAGAGAAUGGCCUCAACACUAUGGAGUUAGACGCUGAGCUCCCUGUGACCCGCCUGGAAGUCGUGCUGUCCACAAUACUGUACCAGCUGAACAAGCGCAUGCCCACUACGCACCAGAUCAACGUAGAACACUCAAUCAGUCUGCUGCUCAACUUCCUUCUGGCAGCCUAUGACCCAGAGGGCCACGGCAAGGUUUCUGUCUUUGUUGUAAAGAUGGCCCUGGCAACAUUCUGUGGAGGGAAAAUUCUGGAUAAAUUAAGAUAUAUUUUUUCACAGAUAUCCGAUCCGGCUGGAAUCAUGGAGUAUGCGCAGUUUGACAUGUUCCUGAAGGAGAUUCUGAAGCUGCCCAUGGCAGUCUUUGAGGGGCCGUCAUUUGGCUACACGGAGCAAGCGGCCAAGAGCUGCUUCAUGCAGCAGAAAAAGGUCUCUCUCAACAUUUUCCUGGACACUUUGAUGUCAGACCCGCCUCCUCAGUGUCUCGUGUGGUUACCGCUCAUGCACCGGCUGGCUAAUGUGGAGAAUGUUUUCCACCCGGUCGAGUGCUCCUACUGCCACACUGAGAGUAUGAUGGGCUUCCGCUACCGCUGCCAGCAAUGUCAUAAUUACCAGCUCUGUCAGGACUGCUUCUGGAGGGGGCAUGCCAGUGGUUCCCAUAGCAACCAGCAUCAAAUGAAGGAGUAUACAUCAUGGAAAUCCCCUGCAAAAAAGCUAUCCCAUGCCCUUAGCAAGUCCCUGAGUUGCGCAUCCAGCAGAGAGCCUCUUCAUCCUAUGUUCCCCGAAAUGCCGGAGAAACCUCUCAACCUCGCCCAUAUUGUAGACACGUGGCCACCAAGACCAAUGAACAUCCCCAGUGAAUACUCGUUUUCCCACUCCAUGCCAACAUCAGGGAACCCGUACUCUACCAAAAAUUUGCCUUACACCAGGAGUCAUGAUAUUGCUCAACAUCUGUUGAAAGGCAGGGGGUUACACUGCAACCUAGAUGCCGUUGACAGACUUGCUGACGAGCACAUUCUGAUUGGCCUCUAUGUGAAACUGCUUCAAAACAACCCCAAGACAUGCUUGCUAGAGAGCACCAACCAUCAAGACGAGGAGCACAGCCUCAUUGCCCGCUACGCUGCUCGCUUGGCUGCAGAUGCUGCGGCGCAGCAGCACAGAGUCCCCGCAGACCUGCCGUGCUCUCUGGAUGCCAACAAACAGCAGAGGCAGCUCAUAGCUGAGCUGGAGAGUAAAAACAGAGAAAUCUUGCAGGAAAUACAGCGACUGCGUCUCCAGCAUGAGGAGGCCUCGCAGCCGCUGCCUGACAGGGGUCAGCAGAACCCCACUCUGCUGGCUGAGUUACGACUUCUCAGGCAACGGAAAGAUGAGCUUGAGCAGAGAAUGUCGAGUCUGCAGGAGAGUCGCAGGGAGCUCAUGGUGCAGCUGGAGCAGCUAAUGAUGCUUCUCAAGACUCAGGGUACUGGCUCUCCACGCUCAUCACCCAGUCACACUGUCAGCAGGCCCAUCCCUACACCUAUUCACUCAGACUCAGCUGGCACCACUCCAACUCACACACCUCAGGACUCCCUCAUGGGCGUGGGAGGCGAUGUUCAGGAGGCCUUUGCGCAGGGUCCCAGGAGAAAUUUGAGAAACGACCUCCUCAUUGCUGCUGACUCCAUUACCAACACAAUGUCAUCGCUGGUCAAAGAGCUAAAUUCAGAGGGCGGCAGCGAGACUGAGAGCACUGUGGAUUCCGAUUUGGGCCGCGGUGACAUGUUUGCAGUAACAACAACAACCUCAGAUCCCUUCCUCAGCAUGAAUUCCAGAACGGCUGUGGCAGAACAGGAGGAGGAACGUUAUGGGAAUGACCUGGAGCGGCAACUAGAGGAUGAGCUCAAGUUCGAGGAGCUCAUGAAGCACAGGCAGGAUUCAGACAAAACCUGCAUGGUGACACUGCAACAGUGA